UGAAUCUUAUCUUUUGUGAUAAUUAAUCGCCCAUCACUGCUAUAGCACUGCUAACUGCUAGCUUUAGAUUUACAAAGCACAGUCAAAAUGAAGCAAGCAGGUCCAAUGUCCAAUGACCAAUAAAUGUAGAAAAGUUGAUUUACACUGACACCUGGUGAUGGCAUGGCAAAGCCUAAGCCCUAAGCAUUGCACGCCAUUAAAUAUAAGAUAGGAAAGUAUCAAGAAAAAAAGUUUUACUCAACAAUCUCAACAUUCUCAACAUCAAGAUUCAAAUUGUCAUGUCAUUACUCAUUAUUCAAGUUUAAUAUGGUUAUGGCUUAAGUCUAGCUGUAAUGUGACAGCAGAUAAAGCCAGUUAUAAACGAAGAAGAAUAAGAAAACGCGAUGCGACGGCGGAUGGCGUGAUCUUAGAUUUUCCUAUAGAUUCUGAUAUUUUUCGGUUCAUUAUUAAAAAACUGAUUUUACAAGAAAAUGAGUGAUUUGGAAUUGGAUUUUGACAGUGAUCACGAAGUUUCUGAAAAACACUCUGAACUUAUUGAAGCAGUUAGACAACUCAACAAAGGGCAAAGGAUAAAAAAAUUGGAGCAAUAUGAACAUAGUUUGGAAAUUUCUGAAUAUUCAACAUUGAAGAGUGCUACAGAAAAUCUAGAUCAGGAUGCUCUUGGCAUCAGUAAAAAAAAAAUUAAAGCAAAACUCAAAUUGGCUCCUUUGGAACGACCAGAUGCGGAAAGAAUAAAACGUACAGUAGGAUUUGAAAAUACAAAGAAAGAACUAGGCAAGUGGACUGGUAUAAUAGCUAGGAAUCGUACAGCAGCAUGUGUCAGUUUUCCCUUGAGCCAAACCUCCAUGAAAUUAGAGGGCACAAAUGAAUAUGUUAAGCGUUUUCGUCUUCAAUCAGAACUACAAAAAAAAAUGGCUGAAGUUGAAAAAAAUGAUGAUAUUGAAAGAACUGAAGAUGAGUUUCCUUUGACAUUACAAGAGAUACUGGAGCAAAGACGAGAAGCUGCCAAAUUUAGAGCUCAGCAGAGUUACAAAGCAGCAAAAGCAACAAGACAAAACAAAAUUAAGAGUAAAAAGUAUCACAGAAUACAGAGAAAAGAAAAGAUAAAGAAAGCUCUAAAAGAGUUUGAGGAGUUGCAAAAAACUGAUCCACAAGCAGCAUUGGAAAAAUUAGAGCAGUUGGAUAGAGCAAGAGCUGAGGAGCGAAUGUCUUUGAGACAUAAGAGUACUGGACAGUGGGCAAGAAAUAAACAAGUUAGAGCUAAAUAUGAUAAAGAGAGCCGGCUAGUAUUAGCAGCACAAUUAUCUAUCAACAAAGAGUUGACUCGAAAGGUCAAGAAAGAUGAGGACAGUGAAGAUGAUGAUGACGAGAACAAUAUGUUACUUCAACAGACAAAUGAUGACAAUGAAAAUCCAUGGAUGAAACCUGUAAAAUGUCAAUCGGAAAUUGAUGAUUUCAUCAGUGGAUAUCGUAAAUAUUGGGAUAAACAAAAUCAAUCACAAAACAAAAGUAAUCAAAAUGAAAUUCAACUGGAUAAGAGUGAAAAUGAGACUAUAUCGAUUAAAAAAAUAUUUAAAGAGUUUGAUAUUCAGGGUGUACCAGAAUAUGAAAAUUUAGUAGAAGACAGUCAGAAUAAUGAUGCGAGUAAGAGUAAUAACAUGAGAAGCUUAAAAAAAUUGUCUAAGGAUAAGCUUGGAUUAAAGUCAACUAUAAAUAAAAUAAAAAUUAUGAAAUGUAAAAAUAUAGUGCCGGUAGGAACGUCACAUUGGUCGGUUUCCCCCUUUGAUUUGGCGGUUGACAAUGAUAAAAAUCGCGAUGAAAAUUAUUCUAACGAAAUUGACAUAGAUGAAAUGUUCGAUUCUAUCGAUAACAAGAUGCAAGAUAAAAUUACUCAAAAACUUGGUAGAAUAAAACGUGAAUUGGAACGUGAAUAUAAAUACGAAAAAAAGAAGAAACGAACAAAGAUAGAAAAUGAGAUGGAUGACGUUGAGAAACUUGGGUUGAAGGGGCCGCAUAUUUGUAAACCUCUAAUUACUAAACCAAUUAAAGAAACGACAAAUUUAAAGCCAGCAAACGAAGACCCCGUAAUCGAACAGGUAAAAAACAUUAGCGAGUUGAACAAGCGAACGACAUUGCAAACAAGUAAAAUAGAAAUAGAUCCAAACAAAUUUAUAAAAAUCAAAGCGAAGCAUGUAAACACAAGGUUGCCGGACGAGCUCGGAGGAGAAGAGCAGGGCCUUGACGAUAGUGAAACCGAAGAUCAGUAUCAGAUUAUCAGCGAAGCUUUUGCUGACGACGACGUCGUGGAUGAAUUUCGAAAAGAGAAAGAGGAAGAGAUAAAUAAAUCGCAGCCGAAGGACAUCGAUUUUCGACUUCCUGGUUGGGGUAGCUGGGGCGGUAAAAAUCUGAAGCAGCCGCAGCGCAAGAAGCGGCGCUUCAUACUGAAGGUGCCCAAAGAGAACACCCGUCGCGACGAGAAUAAAGGCGACGUGGUAAUAAUCGAGGAAAAGUGCCCCAAGAUUAAGAAACAUCUGGUCGGCGAAUUGCCCUUCCCCUUCAGCAGCGUGCAAGACUUUGAGGCCAGCAUCAGGGCACCGGUAAGCCGCGAGUUCGUACCCGAGAAAACCUUCAGCAAGCUCAUUACGCCCAACGUCAAGACGAAAAUAGGCAAAAUAAUCGAGCCGAUGAGCGAGGACGUUCUCGUGAAGACUGAUAACCUGAAAAGGAGAAAGAAGCCCGCUCAAAAGAGCGAGCGAAUCAAGGGGAAGGCAAAACCUGCAAGCAAAGUUCGGCCAAAGGUCGUAAGGCAGCAGCAAAAGAGUGUUACUGCGUAGACGAUUCACGUGGCUCUCUUGCAGUCGAGCUCGAAUCAGUAAUAGUUGAGACGGACCCUUGUCAAUGAAGCUGCUGGGCGCAGCAACACUAAAAAUGCAAAUGUAAAUAUGCGAACAAAUUGUUGUCAUUGCAGUGUAUCGUAUCAAUAAAAAUGUUUGAUUUGUUCAUCCACGUCUACUCGCCUCCUGUUUGUUCAAGUUGCCAAAAUUUGAUAAGUUAAAUUAGGCAGGAAUGAGUUGGUUUUGCAGCUUGGCACUACAAAGCUACAAGUCGUUAGGAGGAGUCAGGUUUUGCGCUUUAGCAAAGCGAGCAAAAACGUAGCAAGAAAGUGAUAAUUUUAUGCUCAAGUAGUCGCACGUGUCAAAUUGAGUUGCGCAAAACUUGUUGCGGCUCAGCUGCGAGCUGCGGCUAGGCGUAUGGGAGUUGCGCGAAGCGUAGAAGCUCAAGGGUCAAGCGAGGAACGCGACGGCGGAGCGCGCAAUCAGCGCAAGGGGCGAGCCGAUGAUCUAAAAUUAGCCUGCAAUUAAUAAGCGAGUCGCUGGUCUGGCGAAGUCGUUAUCCGACAACUGCAGGCGCGGGCAGGAGGGUUUGGGCGGUCGGAGCGCGCGCUGGACGAGGACCACUCGAGGCGCGGACUGCAAUCGAAAGCUCGAGGCGGAUAGGUGCAAAGUGCACCAACUGCCGGGCCGCUUCGCGGACGCAGCGAGCGCGGCGGAAGGAGGGAGCGUGCGCGAUUGCGAAGAGCGGAGCGUGAGCGCGCAGGGGGAGGGGCGGCCGAGCGGCCGUCGGACGUUAUCGGCGCCCUCGCGCGCGCGCGCGCGCGCUCGCCAGUGCGACGUACG